GGUGCAUGCCGGGGAGGAGCGAACUGAACCGCCCCCGGGCCCGCCCCGCCCGGCGUCCCCUUCGCCCGCAGCCUUGACCCCGCCUGCUCAGCCAUGGCAGCCUCACUGAGCCGCCCCUGCUUCAUCUCCCUCCACCUGCCCUACAGGCAGGGCUGGGCCCAGCACCUGGCCAACACCUUUCGCUUCCAGCCAGUGGCCAUGCGGGAGACAUCGUGUGUCCGGCAGCUGGCCUUGCGUCGGGAAUCUGCCAUCUUCCUUGUCAACGAGCGCCUGGCACCUGCCAGCACCUCAUCCCGGGAUUUCCUCUAUGACAUAGACCCCCAGCCCGCCUUGGGCACGGCCUCCAACGUCUGCUUCGAGGUGGAUGAUGUGCCAGGGCUCUGCAAGCAGCUGCAGAGCCAGGGAUGCUCCUUGCUGGUGCCCCCCACUGAGCUAAGCGAUGACGGUGGUUCUGUCACCUACGGGGUGGUGAGCUCAGUCGUGGGCAAUAUCAGUCACACCCUUUUGGACCGAUCCUGUUAUCGGGGACACUUCCUGCCCGGCUUCCAGCCCAUCCAAGGAGCCCCCUCAGCCACAGGGGAUGGGAUCAAGAUCACACACUUCGACCACAUCACGUACGUCUGUCCCCGGGGCGGUGCCCGGGCAGCUCUGGACUGGUACCAGCGCUGCUUCGGCUUCCACCGCUUCCAUCUGAAUGCCCAGGAGAGGCCAGCUGAGGGGUACGUGCUGGGGGGGCAGGGGGUGGGCAUGCUGCUCCUUGCAUUGCAGAGCACCCAGGGCACCCCAGCACGUGGCUGCAAGCUGGUCUUUGCCGAGUCCCUCUCCCAGAAUGGCACCAACCAGGUUGACAUGUUCCUGGAGCAGCACGGCGGGGCUGGGAUCCAGCACGUCGGCCUCUGCACCACCGACAUUGUCAGCACGACCAGGGCUCUGCAGCAGCGGGGGGCACGGUUCUUCACACCCCCCACCACCUAUUACAGCCAGGGGGGCAAAGCAGAGGAGAUCCAGAGGGCCGGGCAGGAUCCCCACAUGCUGGCAGAGCUUGGCAUCCUCCUGGACACCACAGUGCCUGGGGACAAGGGCCAGCCGGGCACUGAUGCCACGGAGAGCCCCGCUCAGGAAUAUUUGAUGCAGAUCUUCACCCAUCCCAUCUUCUCCGAGGAGACCUUCUUCCUGGAGCUCAUUGACCGUCGGGGCGCGCCGGGCUUCGGGGAAGGCAAUAUCCGGGCACUGUGGAAAGCUGUGCAGGUCUACAUGGACCAGCAACAGUAGUGCAACACUGCAGUCCUCCUCCCUCAGCUCCCCAUCCUCUCCAGUCCAACCCUGGGGCAAGGACCAUAGAGAUCCCAGUGGGGGCCUGUGGCAUGGCCCAGGUGGGCAGGGACCAAGGGAUGGCUCCAGGUCAAUCUAGAGCCAACUCAGUGUGGGAGCAAGACACUCAGGGGAGCAUGCCCCAGGAUGGGCGUGAUUCUCUCCUGCCCUGGGUUCACAGUGUUUAUCGGCCACGUGUGAAGAACUUUCUGCCUUAGUUUCUUAGUUUUUCGUAGUUUCUUAGUUUCGAGUCCCAAUUUAUUGAGACUUGAGCCUGCAGCAUGGCCAAGAGCAGUGCUGGUUCCCCAGACGUGGAGGGAAGAGGGGCUGCCCGAGGGGAGUGGAUAAUCUGAAAGCCAUAGAUUUGGCCUCUCACUGGCAGUGACCACCCACAGCAUGACCAGCCCUGGGGGGCGAGUGGUGGCCUCUUGCUCCUCUCAAUUAAAGAAUUAACAAGCA